AGCUGGCAACAAUGGCGAUUUUUUACUUCAUUCGGGAGCCGGAAAGUCUGCACGAAUGCGUCAGCCUGAUUAGCUGGGUGCAGUUCGUCAUGGGCUGCAGUGGAUUCUUCGAGCGGGCAGGUUGCUUCGUCAGCAACAGGUGGACGCGUCUCUACUCCCUGAGCUUUGUGGGCCUGGUAAUCUAUGGCCUGAGUGCCACCAUCUAUGCCCUGCUGCAAAACGAGGUGCUGCUGGAGCGAGUGCUGCAGCUGGACAAGCUCAUCUUGUGCAUCAUGGCCAUGGAGCUGUUGCUCUCCACGCUCGUCUUCCUGAUCACCGGCAUCUCGCUGCACUCCUGGUCGAAGCGAUACGUGGCCAUCUACCAGCAGCUGGCCGAGAUCGACAGGCGACUGAUGGGCGAGUUCGGGGCCCGCAUGAACUAUGGCAAGGUGGUGCGCAAGCACAUCGUGGUGCUCUUCACGGUGGCCUUCCUCUACUUGGGCGCUGUGAACAUGGGUCUGGCUCGCCUGGCCGAUGGCCGUCAGCUGGAGAUCGUGGUGCCCGCCGCCCUCUGCUACAUCGUCAUCACAGGCGGCCCGCAUCUAACGGGCUUCGUGCACAUGAGCCUGGCCGAGAUGCUGGACAUCCGGUUUCGCCUGCUGCAGCAAAUUUUGCAGCCGCAGCGCCUGCAGAAGCCGCAGCUGCGCUCCCUGAUCGACAUGGUCAAGCAGCUGCAUUAUCUAGUCAUGGAUAUCAACGAGGUCUAUAAUGUCACCCUGUGGUCUACCAUGGCCCACGACUUUGCCCUGAGCACCACCGAGCUGUACAUCAUCUUUGGCCGUUCCUCAGACAGCAGCAGCAGCAGCAGCAGCAGCAGCAGCGGCGGCGCCGGCAUUGGGGACGGCAGCUACGGCGAGAAUCCGGAUGGGGGCGAGUCGAUGGGCGUGAUGCUGAUGGCGUUCCUCUCCAUCUGCAUGCUGGUGCCGUUCUACAAGAUGCUCAUCGGGCCCGUCUACUGCAGCAAUAGCAUCGAGGAGGGCCGCAAGUGCUUGCAUCUGCUCGAGCAGCUGGACAAUUGGUUUCCGGGCAGUCCAGGCAUUAAGGAGCUCGUGGAGUCCAUAAUGCGCUGGCGUCUGCAGUUCAAAAUCAAUUUCACGAGUGGCAGGAGCACGGUGUACGACAAAACUGUUAUUACUGUGGUGAGUGCG